CUCCGCAAUUGUACAUAACCUUCAAAACUUGGCAGUGUGAGAGAUUAAGAAGUUUCGAUGCUUAUGUUAUAAAUGAUAAAAUAACGACGAUUGUAUUAACGAUAGAAAAACAGUAUAUAAUACAUUCAAUCAAGAUAUUGUAAUAAUUAAGUAGUUAAGUAAUUAAGUUUAUAAAUAUUAAAUAACAUUUUUAAGCCAACUAUCAGAAAUGUUGCGGAACAUUGUGCAUUUGUCGCUUAGGUCGUUUCACAGUGUAGAAAUAUUGAAAACAAUCAAUUUAAAACCAGCAAUACCAUGCAGAUAUAGUACUAAGUGGUCUAGUAGGAGACCUGUUGCGAUUGUCAAUGAAGACGAGCUUUUUGAUGGUAGAAAACCUACUGUAACUGAAAGUAGAACUAAAAGACAAAAAGUUUACACGUACAAAACACGUAAUCACAGACCCAAAGCACCAGAGAAGAAGAGAGAUACAAGUAAAGAGAAAGCUGACGACGAGCCAAUGUACACAGCUCUCGAAGCGGACAGUAAGAUUAUGAGUUCUCUAAUGUUGAAGACUAAAACAAGCAAGUUAAGAGGGAAAAACAGUCUGAUGUUGCUGGAAGGCUUUCGCUUGAUCAAAGAUGCAAUGGAAGCGAAAGUUGUACCAAAAAUAGUAUUCUUCAGUAGAGUGUCCGAUAUAUUGCCAUUGUCGCUUCCUGAUGAUGUGAAAUUGUAUAAAAUUCCAUAUCGCACAAUUCAGUUGUGGUCCAACUUGACAACUUCUCCCGGAAUACUCGGAAUUUUUGAUAUCCCGGAUAUAAAGGACAAGGAGCCUCCAAUUGAUGCUAUACCACUGACCAUUAUUUGUGAUAACAUCAGAGAACCUGGAAAUUUGGGAACUAUUAUUAGAGCCGCUGCGGCAGUUGGUUGCGAAAGAUUAUUGUUAAUGAAAGGAUGCGUAGACCUGUGGGACCCCAAGGUACUGCGCAGUGCUGUAGGCGCACACUUCCGCUUACCUAUAUCUAAAAAUCUGUCGUGGAACGAAAUUCCUUCGUUAAUAAAAGAAGAGGCGAAGAUUUUUCUAGCGGACAACAAUAUAACGUAUGAGAGCGAGUUCGAAGAUCAAAGAGGGAUUCAAGAAUCAUGUACGGACACUUCCAUCGAAUCCGAGGAUCCCAUCGGAUCGGAGGAUUUUAUCGGCUCGGAGGAUUUCAUCGAGAAUAAAGAUACAAAUGAGGACGAUUCACACAAUAACAUUGGUAACAGCAAGAACGAAGAGAUAGACCAACUGCUAGCUAAACCGAAAAAACCAACUGCGCAAGUCAGAUCGGUAGUGAACAAAAUAAUGUCUCAAUUUCCAGUUGUACCUUAUUAUACGUUAGAUUUCACAAAAAGAGAAGCGAUUUUUGUUAUCGGUGGAGAGACUGAAGGCGUAAGCCUCAAUGCUUGCAAAUUCCUUCGCGACAGAAAUUGCACUCGUGUUAAUGUACCGUUAACCAAUGGCGUCGACAGCUUAAAUGUUGGCGUAGCUGUCGGUAUUGUUACGUUUGAAAUGAGAAAACAAUUUACGACUCGCAACAUCGACGAUGAAUAAAAUUGCCUUUAAAUGUA